AUGUGUCCCUGCCUCCUUUCUUUCUUUCUUUCUUUCUUUCUUUCUUUCUUUUUUCUUUCUUUCUUUCUUUCUAUAAGUACGUAUAACUAUCUCUGUUUAUUAUCUAUAUUAGUCUGUUCAUUAUCUAUCUAUCAAAAUAUUUAUUCAUUUAAUUCUGUUCAUUUUCUAUCUAUCUAUCUAUCUAUCUAUCCCUUCAUUAUCUGUUCAAUUUGUUCAUUAUCUAUCUAUCUAUCUAUCUAUCUAUCUAUCUAUCUCAAUUUGUUCAUUAUCUAUCUAUCUAUCUAUCUCAAUUUGUUCAUUAUCUAUCUAUCUAUCUAUCUAUCUAUCUCAAUUUGUUCAUUAUCUAUCUAUCUAUUAAUAUUCAUUUUAUAUCUAUCUAUCUAUCUAUCUAUCUAUCUAUCUAUCUAUCUCAAUUUGUUCAUUAUCUAUCUAUUAAUAUUCAUUUUAUAUCUAUCUAUCUAUCUAUCUAUCUAUCUAUCUAUCUAUCUAACUCUUCAUUAUCUCUGUCAAUUUGUUCAUUAUCUAUCUAUCUAUCUAUCUAUCUAUCUAUCUAUCUAUCUAUAUAUAUAUAUAUAUAUAUAUAUAUAUAUAUAUAUAUAUCAGUUUUUUCAUUGUAUGUUUAUUUGUCUAUCUAGAAUUUGUGCUUUGCUGGUUUUCAAAACCGUCAAGUCAAUGAAACAAACUCUUAAGACGCGUAAUAGCAAAACGGACUGUCUCUCUGAUAUGGUUUAA